AGGCGCCGGGGCGGGGCGUGGGGGCGGUGGCCGCGCCGGCCAGGCCGCGACGGGCGGCGCCGGCUCCCGGGGCAGGGGCGCCGCGGCGGGGGGGACCUGGCCGGGUCGUCGCGGCCCCGCGCUCGGCCGCCGGGCCAGGUGCGGUCAGGUGAGGCCGCGGCGGGCGCGCUUCCGGCCUGGUCCGACGCGUCGCUCCCGCUGGACCCGGGUGGCGCCGCCGGGGCUUCCGGGAGGGCUCUCUCGGACCCCAGCCCGCGGAGCCCCCGGUGGAAACAGUCCGGCACCUCGGACCUACGCCGGGGCCCUACCUGGCCCUGAGGGCGGUGCGUCCUACCUGGCUGAGCACCUGGCGGCCAGCGCACGGCUCCCGCCUGAGCUCCCCGGGCUGGCGGCCGCGGGUGUCAAAGGAGUGGAAUGAUGCAAGAGACUGUGGGCUGCAGAAGUGUGUCAGAACUGGAGAGUGCUCCCCAUCACCAUACCACAUCUGUAGACCAGGAUCACUGUAAAGUCAUUGUGAUUAAUUGUGUUUGGUCUUAGGAAAGAGGGAGAGACACCAUAUCACCAAGGCUCCCUUCCCCCAGUCUGUGUGGUAUAUACCAGGACUGGAACCUGGCUCGUGCACAUAGCAAAGCAGACACCCUUACCAGGAGCUGCUUGUUCAAUGUCAAGAUUGAGCCUGGGUUCCUAGUAGACACUCUGCUGAGCUACAAAGAAGCCUGUGUAGAAUUUAUCUCAUCAGCACCCCCAACACCUUUUGAGGAAGCACGAGUUGACCUGCCAGGACUCUAGCCAACCUCAUGCUCCUCCAGGUACAAAGUGCCAUGUGAGCCAGUAUAGCAGAAUCCUUAGACACGGCAGACUGAUGCGCGCUCUCUCCUCUCAAGAUGUGAAACGGGCAGAAAAAUAGCACAUCACCUCCCUACACACGUCCCUCCCCGUCCGCUAGAAUGUUCCUCAUGAACGCCCCUCCUGUGGUUGCUCUCCAGUCAAAAUGGGAGGCCUUCAGCCCGCCUGGUAGCUUUAGGUUCCCUGGGUGCUUCUCAGAGUCCACAGAGGGUGUGGGGAGAGCUUCCGUGAGUGCCGAAGUGCAGAUGAUCAUCAGCACGCUGCAGAGCGACCAGGCGGCUCUGGGCAUGAGCCAUGAGCGCACCCUGCAGAGAAGCCAGAGGGCAGAGAGAGGCCGAGAGGCCAGGCUGGCCACCAGCCCUGCCGUUCAGAAAGAGCAGCCCACCUUUGCUGCCUGUGGUCUCCGUGCUGAUCUUGAUGCUGCAGAGGAAGGAGCCACGGACUUCGGUCCCUCAGUAUUGGAUUCAGAUAGUGAUGAUUCUGUGGACCGGGACAUCGAGGAAGCCAUCCAGGAGUAUCUCAAAGCCAAGAGUGGAUGCACCCAGCCACCUGGGGUGGCUGAGAGGGACAGUCGAUGCAAACCAGAGCCCCCUCAGCCCAGCAGCCCAACUGCCCUGUGUUCCACCAAGCUUGCGUCUGGCUCAGGAGGUGUCUCUGGCAGCCCUGUGGGAACCAGUUUGGACCAGGGUUCUGCGUCACCUGUCAGCAUGAGCAGUGAGGACUCCUUUGAGCAGAGCAUCCGUGCAGAAAUAGAACAGUUUCUGAGUGAGAAGAGGCAGCACAAGACCCCAACAUGUGACCUUUCUGCGAAUCCCAAUGAAAACUUGGCCAGGUCAGCAUUUCAACCCAGUAAAGAGCCGGUGAUAAAGGUACCUCAGCAGGAUUUGCUGGGGACCUGUAAGGAGUUUGUCUUCCAGAAGACCCCCAGGUUAGCCAAGGUGACCACACAGCCCAGAAGCCUAAAGUCUAAGGCCAGCACCGAGCCCAACAGCUUAAGCAGCACAAAGCUAGCCACCACCUGCCCCCCUUCAGAGGCACCCCAGAGUAAAGGCGGGGUCAGGAGGAGCACCCUGCCUGGAAGGAGGGGGAAGCGGGUCACAAGUGCAGCCCUGGUUCAAGAGGUGUCGGACUCCAGCAGUGAUGACGGCAUCGAGGAGGCCAUCCAGCUAUACCAGCUGGAGAAGAGAAGGGAGAUGGGCGGGGACCCACUGGGAGAGGAGAAGGGACCCAGCCCUGCUGCACACAGCACAAGCCACACCACAAAAAGUGCCUUGCCCGAGACCUGCAGGAAAACACCAAACAGGAAGAAGCCGCUGGCCUCAAAGACCAGCAACCUUAGCCCGAGUGGCUUGGAUCUCAGCCAUCUUCCCAAGCCACCCAAGGAAACUGGAGCUCCUGCUUCUGCGGUAAACACAGCCACCAAGAGCGACUUAGCCAACCAGUCUUCAUGCCGAGUGGACACCUCCACCGAACUGAUGUGUGCCGAAGCAAUCCUGGACAUUUCCAAAACCAUCCUGCCAACCCCUGUGGAAGGCAGUGACGGGCCCUGUCCUGCAAGCCCUGUCUUUUACCCCCUCAGUGUGCCUUCCCACUCCGAUGGUGACAGCAGCUCCGUGGACAGCGAUGACAGCAUUGAGCAGGAGAUCCGGAUGUUCCUGGCCUUGAAGGCGCAGGCGGGGAGUUUGCUAGGUGGGACGGAACCCUGCCCACCCUCCACACAGAGCUCCCUGUUGUCGCCUGGCCCCCAUAGCCAGGCUAGUGGUCCCAGGGCCCCUCUCCCCAAACCUCUGGACCUGCCACUGGGCUGCAAGAGGAAAUGCAGAGGCAGCAGCAGUGUGGCAGGGUCAUCCAUACCCAAGAAGAUGAGAGAGCUGGCAAAGGACAGUGCUCAAGAUGCUGAUACCCCCAGCAGGGAAGGAGAGAGCAGGGGGCUUUCGCUCCCCUCCAGGACGGCAGAGCUUAGGGAAGAACAUGGCACCCCCGACGGGAGGCUUGCUAUGUCACCAGGCCCUGGAAAUUUAGCAGAGGCCCCAAGCAUGGAGGACAAAGAAAGCUCAGAUGACAAGAGCAGCUCGCUGGACAGUGAUGAGGACCUGGACACGGCCAUCAAGGACUUGCUAAGAUCCAAGCAGAAGCUCAAGAAGAGGUGGAGGGACCCCAGAGCCAUGUGCAAGAAGAAGGUUCGGUUCAGCACCACCACACAGUUCAUAGACAAACUAGGUGGCUUCCAGAAAGCCUGGAAAGAUAAGAGCCCUCAUCUGUUGAAGAGCUGCCUCUCCAAGCCCAAAAGAGACAGCAGGGAACAUCUGGCACAGAAGCCUAUAAGAGUAUUCUCCAGGGCAGACAGCACCGGGGGUCAGGAGGUGUCUGUCACUCCACAAUUAAGAAGCACGACAGAGGGGGGGUUGUUCCUUGGGGACCAACAGCAGCACCCAGCCACCAGCCCCAGCUCCCUGUCAGAUGACAGCAGCUCUGUGGACAGUGACGACAGCAUCGAGCUAGAAAUCAGGAAGUUUUUGGCUGAAAAGGCCAAGGAGUCCGUGAGUGGCUCUGAAGUACAAGGAAGAGACACCCCCACCCUGGGUGCAGGCAGUGGAUCCAGGCCAGAGGUGCUGUGCAGGAAAGGACCCACUUCCAGCCCAUCCCUGCCACACAACAUGUGUACCAGGAGCCAGAAGGGAAGGGAGGCCUGCCAGCUCACCGAAAUGACCAGGGGCACAGGGCGAGCCGGAGCUCCACGCCCAGGUGGCAUCUUCCUGCAGGGAGCGAGGAGCUGCUGCCCUGCUUCCCCAGCCAGGUGUGAGCUGGCAGUGCCCAGAAGCAGCAGCGGAACUGUGUCCACCAAAGCAUCACCAGCCACCAGGAGAAACAGUCAUGCUCACAAAGACCAGAGCCCCAGAGGAGCCGAGCUUGCCCCAAGGGAUAGUGCUUUUGGGCAGCUGCCAGGCUCUGCCAAAAGUGGCACCGCAGUGGAAAGCCCCAGCCAUCCCUUCCCUGGGAACUCUCAGAGCCGGAGCUUGCUGACCUGGAACCCAGCUGCUGAGAGCGAGGCUGGGCCCCACACUGGCCUGUCCCUCCCUUGGGCCGACUUUGCUUCCCAGAGUCGGUUGCAGGGCACCUGGGCUCUGAGCUCCGAAGGCCGAGACCUGGCAUGGGCCCGGGGCCUGGGAGGUGAGAAAGAAAAGGCAGCUGAGAGCCAGUCCCGGUGCUCACCCAGCCUGGUGCUGGACCCCAAGAAAGGCCUGCCCUUCUCAGGCUUUUCCCCACUGCUCCCCACACAAGUAUUUCACUUUGGCAAGAGUGUGUCUUGGGGGGCCAAGCCAGCCAGCCUCUUCAGCCCACCCCUGAGCCUGCCCCUACAGGGCCCAUCUUUCUCAACCUUCAGAGAGGCCCCUGCCAGCUGUGGCCCCGUGUUUGGCACUUCCCACCUGCUCAUGAAGAAGGAGGACGUACACUGGCUGCAGAGGAGGUCCCAGGCCGGGCUUGGGAUGCAGACCAAAAGGAACACGGGUUCGGAAGAAGGCAUUGUGGACCUGAGAUACAGGCCAAGGACGAUGGAAAGAGACGAGGAGGACCAGGAGGCCCUGGGUAGCGAUGCCAGUGAGUUCAGUGACACCUCUGUGGAGGAGGGUGACAGCAGCUCCAUGGCCAAGGGCAAAGUCCUCAAGUUGUGAGCACGCUCCCUGUUCUGUGCAUAUGCCGAGUCUGGCUCAGAAGGCAUGGGAGGCUGGCGUCCACUAGAACCCUGCACACGUGUAUACUGACAGGAAGUGUUUUAUUUAACAAUGUGUCCUGGUAAAUAUGAUUUUUGGUAGCUUUGUUUUGUAAAUUAUUUAAAGUGUUGUACAAAAUAUUUUUGGAAAAUAUAGUUGUUGGAUUUUGUAUGGUGUCCCAAACUGCAAUCUUCUGUGUUCUCUGUGCAAGUCUUAGGUUAGCAAACACUUGUUCCUUCACAGCCAGCUUUAAGUGACUUGGGCGGACACUUGUUGGCUACCUACUAGUCGCAAUACCCUACCAACCUGUCUGAGGGAACAGUGCUGACAAACCCCCCUCUCCCAUCACUGGAAUGCCUCUCCAGGUGUCACAGGCCCUGCAGGGGAGCCCCAGAACUCCUUAGAGUCAUAACCCAGCCUCCACUGGAAACAUGUCCCAAAGCACAACAGCCAGCAGGCACACUGACUGGCUGAUCCUCACUGCACAUCAGAAUCCCUGGCUGGAGUGAGGUGAUGGGAGACCUGAAGCUUGUGUCAUUUAAUGUCCAGUCCUGUUCAGUUACGACAUGACUCUUAACAUCUCAAUAAAUCUUUUUCUAUCCGA